UGUAUAUAAAAGUGUUUGUCCUGACUGACAAACUGACUGAUUCAUCAACGCAAAGACUAAACUACUGUCAUAGGGACGAAGUAGGUCGUGGAAGUGUACCACCUAUCAGUUUAUAUCUAUGUAUUUUACCAUACAGGGUGACUGCCAAAUAUAUGCAAUAAUUAAAAAAAAAAAAAAAAUCGGUAACGAGUAGACUAUAUUUCCUUAGCUUACGCUUGGGAAGUAAAAACGUGAAGAAUGAGUAACCUCCACAAAAUUUUAUAAAAGUCGACUAUUUCUAAGGUUCCCCCACUUGUGUUCUUGGUGCAAAUCAAAAACAUUAUUAAAUCUGGAAUUAGUCUCGCACGAAGUUCAAUGAGAUAACGAUGCAUACUGUGUUGAGUCUGUUUACAGCAAUUUUCCUCGGUGCUGUAUAUUGCCAAAAAUUUAUAGGGGACAUUUGUAUCAUGAAAUCAACUGGAGCCAAAGGAGCUUGUACACUGUUUGCCAACUGUGAAAAAGCUCGCGAAGAUCUGGCGCGAUAUUUUCGAUUUCCUCAAGUAUGUGGUUUUCAAGAAACACAACUGAUAGUCUGCUGUACACCGAGACGAAUACCAGGAGAAAUCAGUAAAAAGAAAUGUAAAGAUUAUUCUACGUUUGUUUAUGAAACAUCAGUACCUCCCGUUGCACUAAUUAAUCAAAAACCAAUUAAAAAAAACCAAUGUGGACACCGCGUAACCAGAUUAAUUGUGGGCGGUGAAGCAGCUGGAAGAAAGGAAUUUCCACAUAUGGCAGCUAUAGGCUACGAUUCACCUGGCGAAGGAAUAAAAUGGCUUUGUGGUGGAACAAUUUUAAGCAGCACAUAUGUAUUAACAGCCGCGCAUUGCCUGACUGAUGCUAAUGCAGGCAAUGCGCUGUGGGUAAGACUUGGUGUAACCAAACUCAAAUCAACGUACCGUAGACAAGAAAUUAAGAUAUCUGAACGGAUACCUCAUCCUGAAUACAAGCCGAACUCUUAUUACCAUGAUAUUGGACUGCUACGAUUAGAAAAAGAAGCUCAUCUAAAUCCGUAUUCAAGACCAGCAUGUCUUUAUUUAAACUCAAAAAUUAGAAGGAAAAGAGCCAUUGCAACAGGAUGGGGCCACACAUCUUUUAAUGGGGCUACUAGCAACGAUUUACUCAAAGUAGUCCUUGAUCUUUUUGAUCAAAGUACAUGUGACAUAUAUUAUCAGAACUAUAGGAAAGUGUCACAAGGUAUUCUAGACAAUCUCCAGGUGUGUGCCGGUUCUGUGAACGCAACCAAAGACACGUGUCAGGGAGAUUCUGGUGGUCCUUUACAAAUAUAUCACCCUGGUAAUAAGACAAAGUGCAUGUACGACAUAAUAGGUGUAACAUCGUUUGGACUAGGCUGUGCCGGCAGUCCUGGAGUCUAUGUGAGAAUUUCAAAUUAUAUUAAAUGGAUAGAAGAUAUCGUUUGGCCGCCAGAAUGAUAUUUUCUAGUUAAUUUUUCUAAUGCUUUUGUCCUUCUAAGUGAUAUGACUGAUUACUGUUCCAAUAUUCUGCAGACGUAGGUAUUAAUAAAGCAACACAUAGAGACAUAAAUCUUAAUAUUUUGACAUGAAUAUUCUAACAAAUGUUGUUUACAGUAAGAGUUGGUUAAAUAAAUCUGCUUA